AUGUCAGUGGUUGUAGUCAUGGUGAUGAUAAUGAUGGUAAUUGACCAAUGGUGUUCCGGGGAGGGUUUCAGGUAUGCAGAGAAGAUUGGGCUGCUCAUCUUUCUCUCCGCAGUCAUCCUAAUGGCCAUACUGGGGAACCUAUUGGUGAUGGUGGCUGUGUGCAGGGACAGACAACUCAGGAAAAUCAAAACAAAUUAUUUCAUUGUCUCCCUGGCCUUUGCGGAUUUGCUCGUUUCUGUGCUGGUCAUGCCCUUCGGUGCCAUUGAACUGGUCCAAGAUGUCUGGAUUUAUGGUGAGAUGUUUUGCCUGGUCCGAACAUCUCUAGAUGUUCUGCUCACCACAGCCUCAAUUUUCCACCUGUGCUGCAUUUCACUAGACAGGUACUAUGCCAUUUGCUGCCAGCCUUUGGUCUAUAGGAACAAGAUGACCCCACUACGCAUCACCCUGAUGCUUGGAGGCUGUUGGGUAAUCCCCAUGUUUAUUUCUUUCCUCCCCAUAAUGCAACGCUGGAAUAACAUUGGCAUAAUAGACUUGAUAGAGAAGAGACAGUUUGACCAGGACUCAAACUCCACCUACUGUAUCUUCAUGGUCAACAAGCCCUAUGCUAUCACAUGCUCUGUGGUGGCCUUCUAUAUCCCUUUUAUUCUGAUGGUCUUGGCCUACUACCGCAUCUACGUCACUGCCAAGGAGCAUGCCCGCCAGAUCCGGCUCCUGCAGAGGGCCGGAACUCCGGCGGAAGGUCGCCGAGAACCCCCGGAUCAACACAGCAGCCAUCAUCGCAUGAAGACAGAGACUAAGGCUGCCAAGACCCUGUGCAUCAUCAUGGGCUGUUUCUGCCUCUGCUGGGCCCCAUUCUUUGUCACCAACAUCAUUGACCCGUUUGUGGGCUAUAGUGUCCCUGCCCAGCUUUGGACCACGUUCCUCUGGCUCGGCUACAUUAACUCAGGCCUCAACCCUUUUCUCUACGCUUUCCUGAAUAAGGCAUUUCGUCGAGCUUUCCUUAUCAUCCUGUGCUGUGAUGAGGAACGUUAUCGGAGACCUUCUGUCCUGGGUCAGACAGUCCCCUGUUCUACCACUACUGUCAAUGGGUCCACACAUGUGCUAAGGAAGUGGAUACCAUUCUCUGUCCUGUAUGGAAAAGUCACACAACUUUUCAAAAAGCCCCAAAGGGAAGAGAGAGAGAGAGAACAUCAUCGCUCUAAUGAAACAAUGCAUCUGGCGGCCAGCCAUCCCCCAGAGUCAAUCAAGGUUUCCCACUGUUCUGAGAGGCACAGCCGAUGA